AUGGCUCCUGUCACCUGCAAACUUGGAAUAGUAAUAGUAAGCAUUGCUCUUGUACUUGUCGAGGGCUUUGCACCCCAGCGAGUUGAAGGAAAAUUCAAGUUCCGAACGAAACCAAUCGAAGCAGCCUCCUCUGACUCCUCAAUUUCAUUCGAUGCACUCCAAGGCAAGCGAAUCCUCGUAGUGGGCGGCUCUGGACGCGUUGGCGGAUCCGUUGUCACCCAGUUGGUCAAACGAGGUGCCUCGAAAGUGACGGUGGGGGGCACCAACGAGGAUCGAUUUGAGCAAUCAAUGUCUCGAUGGAUCCAGCUGUUUGAUGACCUUGAGUUUGUCAACACAGUCAGUUUCGAAAGUGUUCAACGGGAAGAUCCAGCAUCAUUCGAAAAAGUUCUACAGGCUUCGUCCUAUGAUUUGGUAGUCCAUACUGCUGGACCAUUUCAGGGAAAGGUGACUGCAAGGAACGGAGUUUUGGAAGCCUGUGUCGCCAACAAUGUCGCCUAUGUGGAUGUUUGUGAUGAUUAUUGCACAGCCACAGCUGCGAAGACAAAGUACCAGAAGCAAGCGCAAGAAAAUGGUGUGCCCUGUUUACUUAGUACCGGCUGUUGGCCUGGGGUAUCUUCACUGAUGGCCAAACAAUUGGUGACGAAAGUGCUGGAGGAGAACCCGAAACUGUCUCCAUCGGACUUAAAGGUCGACUUUGGAUUUUUCACUGCAGGAUCUGGUGGAGCUGGUGCAACGUUACUGGUAGCCACGUUUCUAAUCUUGGCAGAGAAGGCACUGAUGGUCGUCGAAGGUAGAAGGAGACCUGUCCAGGCAAUGAAGGAAUACAAAACUGUCAACUUCGGGGAUGUCAUUGGCGACAAAGAGAUUGCCCAUUUGAAUCUGUUGGAAACGGCAUCUGUCCACGAUGUCCUGGGCGUUGGUAGUGUCAAGUCUUUGUUUGGCACUGCUCCGGGCUUUUGGAAUACUCUUCUAGUUGACUUCUUCGCGGGUGCCACCAAUGCCAUGAGAUGCGACGUGACAACCGACAAAGACCCAACAAUAAGCGCUUCUCUCCUCUAUGGACACGAGAAUCUAGAACCCUGCGUCGGAGAAUGUGUGGCAGCGUUUUGCUGUGCCAUUCUGUCUGGGACAGUUAAGCCAGGCGUGUGGUUUACGGAGGAGGCGAUUCAGGAAGGAGAUGCAGCUGCCGUGUUGGGUCUAGCUUCUGUCGGUGCUCAUACGAAAGAAUAUCUGGGGACAAUAGAUAUUGCUGCAGAAGAGAUGUGGGGUACAACUACCAGCCCGAAUCUCGUGAAUGCCUAA